AGGCAUUUACGUAAAAAUCUUAUAAUAAUUAAAAGACCAUUUAUAUAUCCUAUUAUUAACCUAUCCACAUGUCUUUAUUUUAUCAUUCGAAUUGAACCACGUUUUGUGAGAUAAACACAUAUAAAGUUUGACAACUGUAGACAAAAACUAAGGAUUACAUAAUCGAUAAUUAAAGUCACAAUUUAUUCCUCACUUUUGUUGAGCUGCAUGUGCACUAGAGGCUAGUAUUGAUGUGAUUGCUAGUGAGAGAGCAAGUUGAUAGAUUGAAAGGAAUUGUGUGAGAGGAGGGUGUGUGAUGGCUGCUUUCAUGAAUCGCACCAUGUCAAUGAUGGCAGGCGAUGGCCCCCAUAACCGUGGCCCGAUGUCGUUGGCAGAUCACCGACAGAUGGGAGGUCGUGGGGCCGGCGCACCUGAGAACUCGCCUUUGCAGAUUUUCGUCAAGGCCAAGAAGAAAAUCAAUGACAUCUUCGUGGAGAUCGAGGAUUACGUUAAGGAUGCCGUCAAUUACAUGCACGAGAUUGAAAAGGAGCAGCAGAUCCUGGACGAGAAGAGCGUGAGGCAAGCUGAGGAGUUCGUGCAGAAGGUGCACGGGAUCAAAGAUGUAUUGGCCAGGGAUCACAUGAAGGUCGCCUUUUUCGGGCGCACUUCAAACGGAAAAAGCUCGGUCAUCAAUGCCAUGCUGAGGGACAAAAUCUUGCCUAGCGGCAUAGGACAUACUACAAAUUGUUUUUUGCAAGUUGAAGGAUCUCCAUCCGAUGAAGCUUAUCUUGUGCUGGAAGGUUCUGAUCAACAUUGCUCUGUUGAAUCUGUAGCCUCGUUAGCUCAUGCUCUUUGCAAAGAGAAGCUAAAAGAGUCUGAGAUGGUGAGGGUAUAUUGGCCACGAAAUAGAUGUCUUCUGUUGAGGGAUGACGUCGUCUUCGUAGACUCGCCAGGCGUUGAUGUCACUCCCAACUUGGACGAAUGGAUUGAUAAGCACUGCUUGGAUGCGGAUGUUUUUGUUUUGGUCGCCAACGCUGAAUCAACUCUGAUGGUCACAGAAAAGAAUUUCUUCCAUAAAGUCUCAACGAAAUUAUCGAAGCCGAACAUUUUCAUAUUGAACAACCGAUGGGAUGCGUCCGCAUCUGAGCCCGAAUUUUUGGAUCAACAAUGCGAUGAGCAAGCCGGGGUCAGGAAGCAACAUCAGGAGCGCGCUGUCGAUUUCCUCGUGAAGGAGUUGAAGGUUUGUACGCCGGAUGAAGCUCGUGAAAGAAUAUUCUUUAUAUCGGCUAAGGAAGCUUUACUGGCUAGACUCGCUGAACAAGGUCAAAGUCCAACCGCGACUCUGGCCGAAGGUUUCCAAAGCAGAUAUUUUGAAUUCCAAGAUUUUGAAAGAAAAUUCGAGGAGUGCAUUAGUAAGUCGGCAGUGAAAACCAAAUUUGAGCAACACUCGCAACGUGGCAAAUAUAUUGCCAGCGAAUUGAGGGAUGUACUGGAUCGUUUAUACUUGGAUGCACAACACUUGAGAGAUGAUAAAUUGCUGCAGCGCAAGGAGCUACACGACAAAGUAAACUAUACGGAGCAACAGUUGAUGGUCAUCACGCAGGAGAUGAAGCAGAAGAUCCAUCACAUGGUGGAGGAUGUGGAGCAGAGAGUAUCCAAGGCUUUAAGCGAGGAGAUUAGACGUUUAAGUAAUUUGGUGGAUGAGUUCAAUUUGCCUUUCCAUCCAGAACCUUUGGUUCUGAACGUAUACAAAAAGGAGUUGCAUUUGCACGUCGAGGCUGGACUGGGUUCUAACCUGAGAGCGCGCUUAUCAACUGCUUUAGCUUUAAACAUGGAGGCCAGUCAAAGGGAAAUGUGCGUACGUAUGGAGGUUUUGAUUCCGGAAAACAUGAGAACCGGUGCGAAUUUCGUAUUCCCGCGCAGGCAGCCGUUCGAGAUAUUGUACAGAUUGAAUUGUGAUAAUCUUUGCGCCGAUUUCCACGAGGAUCUAGAGUUCAGAUUUUCAUGGGGUAUCACUGCAAUGAUUCAAAGGUUCGGCGGUAGCGGAAACAACUUCUUGGCUUUGAAGAAUAAGAGGGAAAGUCCCCAAAACUCUCUACUUCCUACCACGCCUUCGGAGAUGGAUGGUCGUUUAUACUAUGGAUCUAACGUAGAAGAUUGGUCCAUUCUAAGCAGGAUUGCUAUGGCAAGCAUCAGUUCGCAAGGCACUAUGGGCGGCCUUUUGGUUGCCGGUUUCUUGAUGAAGACUGUUGGAUGGAGGAUCAUUGCAGUAACUGGUGCCGUAUACUCAUGUCUGUAUUUGUACGAGCGCCUGACCUGGACAAAUAAGGCUAAGGAAAAGAACUUCAAGAAGCAAUACGUAAAUCACGCGACGCGUAAAUUGAAGAUGAUCGUUGACCUGACGUCGGCGAAUUGCAGUCAUCAAGUACAACAAGAGUUGAGCGGAACCUUCGCCAGGUUAUGCCAUUUAGUUGAUGAGUCCACCAACGAUAUGGACAAGAAACUGAAGGAACUUGAAGUACAAGUCGGCAGCCUGGAUAACGCGAGCACAAGGGCCAAAGUCCUGAGGAACAAAGCGAAUUACUUAACACACGAAUUGGAGCUGUUCGAGGACGGCUACCUGAAGAUGCAUCAAUGAUGCUACUAGCAUGUUUCUUCUUAAUUUUCAUCUUCUUGCAAAUAGUUUAUUUUUACUUUUUUUUUUAUUGUAUAUUUAUUUGAUUUCUUCAAUUUUAUUUUAGGAAUAAAAUGUGAUGUAUAAACUGUUUCCUUUCAAAGUGAAAUACGAAUGUCUGGCACCGUUAUACUUUGUUAGCAACAAAAAAAAUAAUCAAGAUUUUAUGAUUUAGUUUUACACUUUUGUUCGCGUUGUUAGUCGACAUUAGAGGAACUCUAUUUGUAUGUGUGUACUAACUACUACUGAUGAGGGACACGGAUUGUAGAAAGAUGAUUAGAAUGAUUGGAAAUGUAAGAAAAUGCGAGAAAAAAAAUAUGAAUACGAAGAAAAGAAAAUCAUCUCUCUUCUGAAUAUUAACUACGGUGCAUCAGUGGAGAUGAAGAUUUUUUUUUUGUUAGCUGUAAAUAAUAAUUGUUU